AUGGGCGCCAAGCAGAGCGGGCCGGCCGCUGCUAACGGCCGCACCCGCGCGUACUCGGGCUCGGAUUUACCUUCCAGCAGCAGCAGCAGCGGAGGGGCCAACGGGACCGCGGGCGGCGGGGCGCGAGCCGCAGCCGCUGGGAGGUUUCCGGCUCAGGUGCCCAGCGCGCACCAGCCCAGCGCCUCCGGCGGCGCCGCGGCGGCCUCGGCGGCCCCGCGCAGCCGCUCCCUCGGCGGGGCCGUGGGGACCGUGGCGUCGGGGGCCCGGGCGGCGCAGUCAACCUUCAGCAUCCCCAACAGCAGCAGCGGCCCGUACGGCUCGCAGGACUCGGUUCAUAGCAGCCCGGAGGACGGCGGCAGCAGCGGCGGCAGGGACCGGCCGGCGAGCGGGGGUCCUGGAGGGCCGCGCCUGGUGAUCGGCUCCUUACCAGCUCACCUCUCGCCGCACAUGUUUGGAGGAUUUAAGUGCCCUGUAUGCUCAAAAUUUGUACCCUCAGAUGAAAUGGAUUUACAUCUUGUGAUGUGUUUAACAAAGCCAAGAAUAACCUAUAAUGAGGACGUACUGAGUAAAGAUGCUGGGGAAUGUGCAAUAUGCCUUGAAGAACUGCAGCAGGGAGAUACUAUAGCACGACUGCCUUGUCUGUGCAUAUAUCAUAAAGGCUGCAUAGAUGAAUGGUUUGAAGUAAAUAGAUCUUGCCCUGAGCACCCUUCAGACUAAGCAUCAGCUUCCUGUCUUAUAGGUUUCCUUGACUUCAAGAUGCUUGAAAAACCAAGAGGAUACGAAGAUCUGUCUCUGGAAAAACAAAAACAAAAUGCAGGCACACUCAGCCAGAUGUCUAAGUUCUGUGAGACUCAAUAAUACAGAGAUGGACAAUCAUACAGGAAAAAAAUCCUGCUGGAGAGAGGACAGUUGCCACAGAACUCAGUGUACCAGACAUGCAUUUCAAGGACACACAGGGAUUUUGAAAAUGCUGCACAUCCCUUAGUAGUCAUCUACAUAGGUAAUACUGGUGAACAUUUUGUAUGCAGACGCCAAAGUUAACUGAUUUACAAGUUGAUUUUCUUUUUAUUAAGUUCUCUCGGGCUGCACAACUACUUGUGUUUGAUUUGUUUUGGUUUUUAGUUUGGGGACCCUUUAUUUUCCCAACAUGAUGUUCCUGCAUUCAUCAGUUCUUAAAUUGAAGACCACGUAAUUUACUUCUUAAAAAUUGAAGUCUUAAAUGUGAAACCAAGAAAUGUAAUCAAGCAGUAAAACAUUCUCUGAAUGUAGACCAUGAUCUCAAGUUCUUCGAUUUUUUUUCUCCCCCAAGAGUAGAAAAUAGGUUUCUACAUAGGAAAGCUACAGUAUGUUACUAUUUUAAAUUAAAGGUUUAA